AGCGGGAGAUAUAUCCCUGGGGGUCUGGUUGUGGGGACUUUGAAGGGCUGGCCUCAAUGCCUUUCUAAUUUGUACUGGUAAUCGAAGGGGGUGGACACAUCGAACACCCCUUUAUACAAGUUCGAGUACAGCCUUUUUCCUUGUCAAUCAGAGCUCACUUCAACUAGGUUAUUGUUCAGUGCACUGGACCUGCUUGUCUCUAGCCUUCACAUUGUGUUUGUUUGGAGUUCCCCUAGCGACAUUGUUGUUGAGUGAAGGGAGUUUAACCUCAGAAGGAAUCAUUAUUUUGUGCUAAGCUAAAUUGAGCGGUAUUAUUUGUGGCACAGUUACAUGGAUGUUUCCCUCAAAAAGGCUACUGACCACUGAGCCGCCCCAACAGAGUGAGGAGCUGGGGGACCUGCAGUCUCUGUCCUGGCUAACCACCGUGGAUGUACCCAGGCUGCAGCAGAAGGCCACAGGCAGACUGGCCUUCAACAACGCAGGACCCCAGAGCAGCAUACUGGAACUACACACAGACCAGCAAAGCAACAUGAGUUCAGCACUAGGACAUAAUACCAUGGCCCCUCCACAUAGCAAUAUGCUAAACACUUAUAUUGGAAUGAACUACCUCAACAAUCAAAAUGGAAAUAUGGCAGGAUUGCCAGGAAGUGCUGUGCCUGCCUCAGAAUACCAGUCCUCUCCAGCCCACUACUUCCACACCCCCCAGCAGGCCUACAGCCCAGCUCAGGCUGUGCAACAGCAUUCCCCCAGCAGCCUGUACAACAGCACCUCCUACCAUAACCAGAACCUGUAUGAUCAGCAAGCAGCAGUCACGAGCAUCACCAACCCCCACAGCAACCAGGAUCUGCUACAACAACCCAAGGCCUUCCCUAAACCUAUCUACUCCUACAGCUGCCUGAUUGCUAUGGCCUUGAAGAACAGCCGGACAGGCAGCCUUCCUGUCAGUGAGAUCUACGGCUUCAUGAAGGAGCACUUCCCUUACUUUAAGACGGCGCCUGAUGGCUGGAAGAACUCUGUGAGACACAACCUGUCUCUGAACAAGUGCUUUGAGAAGGAGGAGAACAAGCAGGGAGGCUCCUCCUCUACCUCUCGUAAGGGCUGUCUGUGGGCCCUCAACCCAGCCAAGAUCAACAAGAUGGAAGAGGAGAUGCAGAAGUGGAAACGCAAGGACCUGACUGCCAUCCGCCACAGCAUGGCCAACCCAGAUGAGCUGGAUAGGCUGAUCACAGACCGACCGGACGGCUGCCGGAGAAAGGCCUGUGAUCCCAGGAAGACAUGUGUCCUGUCCAUGCCCUGUGGUCCCCCGCUGUCUGGACAUCUGCAGUCCUCCCUCCCCUUCCACCUCCAGGCCCAGAAUCACACCCUCCUAGGAGAACCCAGCUCCCCUGUACACGCCCGGACCCCUCCCCUCCAUGCUGUCCCAGACUACUCCCACAGCCCCUUCCCCCAGCAGCAGCCCUACAGACACCCCUUUAGCCACAGCUUGUACAGCCUCCACCCAGACGUCACAGCCGAGGUGGACGCUCUAGACUCCAGUGUCAUGGAGUUUUCCGGGAGCCUAUGGGAGGAGAUGAGGGAGGAGGGCUUCAGCCUGGAGUCUCUGGGUACCUUUAACCACUCUGACUGUGAGCUGACUGGCCCCAGCACUGGACAGCCCCUGGUGGACCGACAGGUGUCCCCUCCCAGUACAUCACAACCACAGAGGCCAGGGGCCAGGCCAUCACCCAGCUCUGACUUUGACUGUGAAACACUGAUAUACAGUGUAUUAAACACUGAAAUACACCAGGACAGACUAUGGGAAGAUCAUUACUGUUGAAUCUGAAAGUCCCCGCACCAACUGUAUGAGAAUCCUGAACUUUUCUGCACCUGACAGGAUGUCUCGCCCCUUUUAUGUCUGUUUUUUUGUGUGUUUUCUCUUCCUGAUUCCUGUUUAAACACCAAAGCGCGUAAGAAGCAGCCAAAAUCAACAAGCAAUGGGCAUGUUUGAUUGCGUCUGUCAGAUUUUUGGAGUGAUGAGGAUGAAGUGUUUUUGUGUGUGUGGAUUUUUGGCGGUAAAAUGCAAUGCCACUUUAUUUCUACAAGAGCCGGAGUCAAUGUUUGUUUCUGUGAAGAUAUGUAGACGUUGUCGGGGAAACUAAUCUGUUAUCUAGGCUAUUCCUUAUGGAGGAAAAGUCUUACUGAUUUACUAGCUUGUGCAAACAAUACUUUUUAUUUUACGGGAUUUCACUGUGGUACUGUAGCUUGAUAGGUUAUGUUUGUAGUACUAUAGUACUACUAGGUAGGCAUUAUCUCUGCAUUUUCUGUGUAUUUAUUUUGGUUCAUUUGUAUUUAUUUACUAUGCUCUGAGUAAAUGCUCCAAAUGAC